AUGCAAAUUAAUGCUAAUAAUACUAAACUGGAUAACUGCUAUUUAAACAAUUUAGCCUUAGAUUUGAUAACAGAGAAUGAUCAUGAGGCUGGCUACUGCUUAUGCAGUAAAUGUACAUGUGGACAGCAUAUUUGUCCAAGAGUUAUCAAAACAAAAGCAUACCCGAAGUCAUCAUUAAGGUCAUAUUAUCGGCAAGAAUAUAGGAAGCACCCAAUAGCAGCAAGGCCAACACAUUCAGCUUCGCCUAUAAAGCCAAGCCUUUUCAAGCUUGAAUCAGAAACAACGGCAAGAAGAGAAUUUACCCCUUACAAAAUUGACUACAAGCCGCAUCAAAAGAUAACGCCAGAAGUCCCUAACUCCCCCCCCCCUCCGUGAGCGAACAAAACCAUUAGAAAAAUCCCUAUUUUUUGGUCAAAAACCCACCCUCCGUGAGCGAACAAAAAAUUUUUUUACAUAUAAUUUUAUAUAUAGUUUAUUAUAUAUCUAUAUUUAAUAGAAAUAAAGAGGAUAAUAUUGAAAAAUAAUUAUUAAGUUUGUUUGAUAUAUUAUUCAAAGGUUUAAAAAAAAGAAUACCAUAAGUGAAAAAGGUUGAAUUUAACAAUUUUAAAUUUAAGACAAAAAAAUGAAUAGAAGAAAUCGAUUAGAUAAUUAACUUCUUCAUAUUAACUUGAUGGCUGAAAAUCUUUGGAUGAUUAACGCCAUAAGAACCCGUCAACUCAAAUGAUUUUCUGACAAGUUGAGGGCUUACAGCAUCUCACGCCUUUGAAGCAAUGUUUAUCAGUUGCUGGCGAUCAAGAGCUUUGAGGUUUCCAGUUCUUUUCGAUCUUCUUUCAAUCUGCUCUGUUUGGAAUUUGAUUCUGAAAUCUGUUGUUUUUGAUUUGAAAUUUGCAAUUACCAGUGCGUCAAGUGGUUGCAAAUACUUUGUGCACCCUCCAGGGAUCACAAUUUUGGUUGCAUCUAAAUCUGAAAUUGCAUUAGAAAUCAUGAUAGUUUUAUGACUUCCAGCCUGAUCAUAAAUCAGCAGUUGGUUUUCUCGUCUCAAUAUUGUUCUGAGGUAGUCAUUAAGAAUCUGGUCAGAAAUGUAGCCAGAUUUAUUUGAUUUUAUGAUGACAUUUUCUGGAAUAUUCAGUCUUUCUCUUACAAGGUUCGGGAUCUGGCCAUUUUUCUCUUGAAAAAUGAGCAAAGCAGCAGGCAUUUUUUCUCCAUCAGCUCUAAUCAUAAGCAUAACAGUGAUAAAAUGGUUCAUUUUAGCUGAUUGAACGCCUAGAAUUCGUUGAGUUCCCUUGAAAUCAUAAGUGAACUUGCUUUUUACAUCUCAAUCAAAUCUCGUUUCAUCGAAAUUGUAAAUGUUAGAUGGAACGAAUUGAGGAAGCAAUGACGCUAAAUCAUCUAGGUAUUGCCUGACAAGUUCUGCCUCUUUUUCGAUUGGCUUAAUGCUUGAGGCAUUGAUUUUUCUGAAAGAUAAAUUAUUUCUGGUCCUAAAUCCUUGCCACCAUUUAUCUCCACAGCCGAAUCGCGCCAAUCCCAUUUCUGCCGCCAAACUUUUUGCUUUCUCCUCAAUCGUUGAUCUGAGAACCUGAAUACCUUGCUCACGGAUUGCAGUAAACCAAUGAACUAGUUCUUUCUCUAGCUCUGGAAAUUGAGUGAAGCUUUCUAAUUUUAAUUUUUUAUCAGAUUUUACUGAUUUCUUCAACUCAUCAAGCUUAUUCACCCAUUCGGAAAUCGAGCUAAAGGAGUUGACAUGAAACUUUGCAGCAACAUCUCUCAUGCUCAUCUCAUUUUGGUGUUGAAUGUAAAAUUCAGCAAUUUCAACUUUCUGCCAAAUUUCAAUGUACUUUCUUUUCCCUUUGUACAUUUUUAUUAUGAUUUAUAGAGAAUUUGCUUAUUAUAUUAAAUAAGAAAAUAUAUAAAAUAUUUUAACUGAAUGCAUAUAUUUAUUACUAAUAGGUUUAUUGAUUAUUAAAUUAUUGAAAAAAUUAAGCUGUGUUUUACUUUUAAUCAAAUGGUAUUCUUUUUUUUUGGGAAAUUCCCUUACUCUCCCCCCAUAAUAUUUUUAAAAUAAUUUUCAACUUAUAAAAAAAUAUUAUUUUACAAUUAAAAAUUUAUAUAUAAUUUUUUUUAAAAAAAAUAAAAUUAACCCCCCUCCGUGAGCGAAACAAAAAAUUUUUGUUCGCUCACGGAGGGGGGGGGGGAGUAAGUUAAAAUUUUUAAGCAGGUCUCAAUAUAGCCAAGAUUUUUUUGAUCCUGGACAGGUUCCUGUCGAAAAAACGAGAGGUGCCCAAGCAAGACUGCAUACAGGAUAUCAUAAGUUUAAUGCAGCUAGCACCUAUUCAGAAAAUUUCUUGAGAUAUGAAUUAAGUCCAGCAAAAUCUUAUAAGCCAAGUGAAACAAAAAAUAUUUUAUUAUCAGCUUCAGCUGAUGAAAAAGUUAUAACGACAAGCAGACUUAAUUAUAUUAGACAUACUUAUAUUCCGACUGGAGAAUUUAAGCCUAAAGAUAAUACAGUGACCUUACUGCCAUUUCCUACUCAAUACAAAACCACUAGCUCUUUGGCAUUUACUGAGACUAAUGAUAUACCUCGAAUAAUUCGUAGAGCUAGAAAAGCAGGUGAUCUAUAA